CAUGAGAGCCAAGCAGAACAGACCCGCCAUUUCCCGUUCUCAGAGGUCCUCUUUUUUUUUCUCCUCCUUUCACGGCGCUUUGACGCUGAGCAGCAGCGGGCAGUAGGAGGAGGGAGAACAGGGAGAGGAGGAGGAGCGGCGGCGACAACGACGACUUGCGGAGCGGCGGAGGCAGGGAUCCGGUGUGCUACAUCGGGAUGAGAGCGAGACAGAGACCCGGGCCGAAUGAGUCAGCGAAAGAAACCUCUCUGUCUUGGCAUUUUUAAAAUCCGAAUGAAUCGGGAUUGACCCUGGCUGAAAAAAAAAUCUAGUCUAUAUAUUUUUUAUAUAUAUUUAUUGUUGUCAGAUUUCGAUUUCCUUUAUAUUCCGCCCUCCCCUGGUCCGCGGCUGCCAUAGCCUAGUUUUGAUUUUUCUUUCCUCCGAGCGAGGUGGGAAAAAGGGGGGGUCUUGAGAGGCUAAGGAGGAGGUGGAUAUCAAAUUUCAUUUUUUUAAACAGCUGGGGAAACGAAAAUCUAACUUCGGAGACUAAAGCCGUUCGGGCUUCACAUUUUUUUGAGUCUUUUGUUUCAUUGAGUAAAGCGAAGAUGUCGGGACAGAGCAUUACGGACAGGAUAACGGCAGCCCAGCACAGUGUAACGGGAUCCGCGGUGUCGAAAACAGUAUGCAAGGCCACCACGCACGAAAUUAUGGGCCCAAAGAAGAAACAUUUGGAUUAUUUGAUCCACUGCACCAACGAGAUGAACGUGAACAUUCCCCAACUGGCCGACUCUUUAUUCGAGAGGACCACCAACACCAGCUGGGUGGUGGUGUUCAAGUCGCUCAUCACCACACACCACCUCAUGGUGUACGGCAACGAGCGUUUUAUCCAGUACUUGGCUUCAAGGAAUACACUUUUCAACCUCAGCAAUUUUUUGGACAAAAGCGGCCUACAAGGCUACGACAUGUCUACGUUCAUCAGAAGGUAUAGUCGGUACCUGAACGAAAAAGCCGUCUCCUACAGACAGGUCGCCUUCGACUUCACAAAAGUUAAACGAGGAGUCGACGGUGUAAUGAGGACUAUGAACACAGAGAAGCUGCUCAAGACUAUACCCAUUAUUCAGAACCAGAUGGACGCCCUCCUCGACUUUAACGUCAAUGCCAACGAGCUGACUAAUGGAGUCAUCAAUGCAGCCUUCAUGCUCCUCUUCAAAGACUCCAUCAGGCUCUUUGCUGCUUACAACGAAGGCAUCAUCAACCUGCUCGAAAAGUACUUUGACAUGAAGAAGACUCAGUGUAAAGAAGGCCUGGACAUUUACAAAAAGUUCCUCACGCGCAUGACCCGGAUAUCGGAGUUCCUCAAAGUAGCCGAGCAGGUGGGAAUUGAUCGAGGCGAUAUCCCAGACCUCUCACAGUUCACGGUUUGUGCUCCCAGCAGCCUCCUGGAAGCUCUGGAGCAACAUUUGGCCUCUUUAGAAGGGAAGAAGGUCAAAGACUCCACUGCAGCCAGCAGGGCCAGCACUCUAUCAAACGCAGUGUCAUCAUUGGCUAGCACAGGGAUGUCUUUCACUAAGGUGGAUGAGCGGGAGAAGCAGGCAGCUCUAGAGGAGGAACAGGCCCGACUCAAAGCUCUCAAGGAGCAAAGGCUCAAAGAGCUCUCGAAGAGGCCAUCUUUUUCCACCACUGAUACAUCGCCGAUCUCCACCACUGGGGGCACCAUCAGCACAGCACCAACCAUCGACCUCUUCUCCACACCCAGCUGCUCAAACGGUGCGGUCAAGAUGGAGAGCGACCUUUUUGACCUGCAGCAGAGCUUCCAGUCCUCCAUGCAGUCGGCCUCCACAGGCCUCCCAGUGGCCACGGCGUGGGCAGAUCCUUUCACCUCUACUGAAGCUGGAGAUGAUUCCAUGCCAAACCUUAACCCUUUCCUGUCAAAACUCGUUGUCGAUGCCACUCACUUACCUGUCGUGUCUUCAGACGGUGUUAGCUUUUCCUCUAGGACAUCCGGUCAUGAAAUGUUUGGUGAUCGUUACAAUCCCUUUACUGACACAAACUCAUCAGUUUCAACCAAUUACAAACGCACAGUGCGGAUAGAGCACUCCAUCUCAGACUCCUUCUGUGGUCCGGUGUCCGUUGCUCAACACCUCCCACACCAGGCUCCCUUCCCCACUGAGCCCUCUACUGUAGCAGGUCUAUUCAGAGGAUACUCAACGCCUCAAGCCCCUCCACAACCGCCAGCAGUGGGCCUGCAGGUGGACUUUGAGUCGGUUUUUGGAAACAAAGCCGCCGCCGGCGGGAGCCUCAACUCUGACGAUCUUGCCGGAGGCAUCCUGAAGCCGACUCUCGCCGGCUCCAACCAGCCGUCCAAUCAGCAGCCCGAGAAGCUGGUGUCAGACGACCUUGACUCUUCCCUGGCCAACCUUGUCGGCAAUCUGGGCAUCGGAAACGGAACGAUGAAGAAUGACAUGCACUGGAGCCAGCCGGGGGAGAAGAGGAUGACCGGCGGCACCAACUGGCAACCCAAGGCUGCGCCCACCACGACCUGGAACCCUGUCUCCAUGCCGCCGUCAGUCAUGGCCUUCCCCGCCACCACUCCCACGAGCAUGAUGGGAUACAGCAUGCCUCCACAAAUGGGCUCCAUGGGGAUAAUGAAUCCGCCCACCAUGAUGUACACCCAGCCCGUCAUGAGGCCACCCAACCCCUUUGGCUCGGUGUCCAGCGCUCAGCCCUCUGCAGCCUCUAGUCCUUCCAGCCAGAGUCCUCUCCGAGCCCCUGGACAGGACCCGUUUGCACACCUCUCUCUCAAGGAUUUCUUGUAGAGCAUCUCUUUAGAUGCAGUUCAUGUAAUUUGAAGGAAGUGUCUCUCAGAAGAUGAAGCACUUAGCUGCAAAACUUUGUCCUCGUUGCAGUCGAACUCUUCGGAGAAGCAUCACCCCCCCCCCCCCCCCCCCCCCCCGCCCCCAUCUUUCCCCUGAACCCCCUCACCCACCCACCCAAACACAGACGCGUCAAGAACCCGACGGCGCACCGACUGUCGGAAACCAUGGUAACCACGUCAGCACGACGUCCGGCAGAAACUUGAACCCCCUGUUUUUUUUUUUGUUUUUGUUUUUUUUGUUCUGUAACAACUCGCCCGACGCGCCGAGUGGUGCUGCUUUCUAACCCCACGCCCCCCCUCCUCCUCUCUAAGGAUAGCUUGGGUUGCUCGGAAACGUGAUCGGUCGGUCGGACGUCGAGGGCUUUUGAUGAUGUACAGCGGUGGGUGAAACGGGGGUGGAAGGUAAAAAUGAUUGCCGUUCUUCCCUUUCUCGAUCCAAUCAUCAGUCAUCCAGAAUCCCCCCCCCCCUUGCAGUUAUUUAACCGUCACUAAGUAGUGAUGCUAACAACGUUUACACCUGUUUAGUUCUUGUCUUUUUUACCGUGUUUACAGUAGACAUUCCUUGUGUGUUGUUUGUAUUUAUUUAUGAUUAUUGGUUUAAGAUCGGGGAGGGCCUUUGAGAGGGGCGGGGGGGUUAAUGUAAAAUCUACAGUAAGACGAACACAUGUGGGAGUGCUUCAGCAUUAAAACAAAGGAUUUCAGACUAUCAUUAAGAGGUAGAGAUGAAAAAAAAUAGAUACUAUAUAAAUUACACCUAUUAAGCGGAAUGAUAGAGCACUAAAUAUUCUUGAGUUUUGUGUUAAGGACUUUUUUUUUCCUUUUUUUUCUUUUUUUUUUUUUUACUAGAUGAAAGAUUUCACGAUCUCCAUUGUACUUACAGCACGGGGAGGGGCGGGGCUUAGAGUACGAGUCAGUUACCAGUAUAUAGCGUGCCUAGGGUUUUUUAUUUUUUAUUGUUUUGCAACAGAUCUGGGGAAAAAAAACAAAAAAACACACCACUUCAUCCACAAAAUCUGAGGGGCGACACUGGGGUGGUGGGCUCCAUUUGCUUUAAGCUUGGCAUGCCGUUGACUCACUGACUGUAAUCAAGGCUGCCUUUACUCUGAAUGUGAACGAGUUGUCUUCAUGUUGCACACAUCUUUCCACGCUGCAGUUUCUCAGAGAGAGAGAUGGAGUGGGGUCAGUAUGUGGGGGGGGGGCAGGUUAGCGGGUAGGCAGGCCGGCUGAUUAGAUUGUCCUCACAGUGAUAAAAAUAAUAAUAAUAAUAAAAAAUAAAAAAAAGGUUUGGUGUAAAUUAGCUGUACAAAAGAGUGAGAGCGGAGCGGGGUCGUAGAGCGGAGCAGCACUGUUGAUCGGUGCCACGUUGUACAUAAACACUCGACUGUUCUUUGAGCGCACAAAGUGAAAGAUGUAUGAAAUAUGAAAGCAAUUCAAUCAAAUUUGACUCUACCUAAGUUUGAUUCAGGAUAUUCUCUGCGUUUGUCUCCGCAGAUAUUUUCUUUAUGUAAUUAGAUCGUGUAGCAGACAAUGUCUUUUUUUUUUUUUUUUUUCUUUCUUUCUUUCUUUUUCAAAUAAAGAGCAGCUUCCACAAACGUCGGUGUGUGAUUCUCUCGCUCUUAAUGUUCGGUAGAUUGGGGGUUCCCAAAGAGCGUUGGCUUCUCACCCUCUUUGGCAAAUAUAAUAUAAUAAAAUAUGUGUGAAGAAACAUCAA